AACAAAGAGGCCAGUACAGGGUGAAAGUUAUAAGUGCUGUUAUUAAUGCUGAUGAUGAAAAGGUCUCACUGAGAAGUAUUCAAUUGAUUUCUAUGCUACACAAUUUUAAGUUUACCGAUAAUGGAUUGCAAGUUUGGAGAGCUUAUGAUAUUGGUCAAGAAAAGUUGAUAUCAUGGAACAGCAUUAUUGAUAAGAAAAUUCCUGUGAUACAGAUUUUUGUUCAUCAUGAUUGGUCUUAUUCCCAGUUUGCUACAGUGGGUUCAGAAGUUGUUGACAGAGAAGAUGAUGAUGGUGAUAAUGAUGAGAAUGAUAAAGAUACACAAAAUGAUAAUUAUGAUAAAGAUACAACAACUACAGAGCCAGUUCUUAAGAAGAGACGGACAAUAGCAAAAAUCUUUACUUGUCCUGAAGAAGGAUGUACACGUUCUUUUCAACAUUCAUCCUCAUUAGAUUACCACAUCCUGUUGGGUUACUGUAAUAUAAAGGAAGAAAAACUUAGCCUUGCAGAUAGAACAAAGGUUUUAUAUGCUCAAAAAUUGGAAGAUGGGAAUUUAGGAGUGUCAUUUACAAAACAACCUGCCAACAACAACAACACUGCUACUGACAAACUAAACAAAGGAUGGGCAUUAAAAGUGAACAAACCAAAAACAAUUUUCACACAAGACCAAAAGGCUUACUUGCAUGAAAAAUUUAUGAUUGGGAAAACAACUGGAAGAAAAGAGGAUCCAUCAAAAGUAGUGAGGAGAUGCGAUAUGCCUUAAAAAAUGGAGAAAACAGGUUCUCUAGAUCUCAAUAUCUAACAUCACAACAAGUAUCUAGCUAUUUCUCAAGACUUGUGCAAAUAGAAAAGAAGAUAGAUGAAACAGAUUUAAUAGCUGCAACUGCAGACAGUUAAUGUUCGGUUUUGAAAAGGAACGUUUUGAAAGAAUGUUCUCUUUAAUUUUAGAAUAAGAUGAACAAGUUCAUAGUGAAAUAUCUGUGUUUUAUAAGUAUUUUUGGAAUACUUAUUUUUUUUAAUAUUUCUAUUAACUGUAAAUUCAGAAAGUAAUUAGUGUAUUUAUUAUUGCAUAUCCCUGACCAGUGAUCUCUUAUUAAUGCGAUUGAAUUUUUUUUUUGUGAAGGAAAAUCGCCACUGAAAAUGUCAAUGCGAAUUUAGGUUAUUGCAAACCUGAUUCUGACAUUUUAUACAUUUUUCGCAUUAAUAAAACAUCCCAAUAAUUUCUGAAUUGCCAGUAUAUCUUUUAUAACACCUAUGCAUCAAAUACACAACCUUGAUCAUGACAUACCCCUGGUAGGCUAACUACCUUGAUUUCUGGGCAGGGAAGUGGCACUGAAAGAUAAAAAAAAACUUAACCCCGAAAUUUAUAUAUUAUGUAUUUUGUGGGGAGACAUAUUGUUUUUGGCUUAUUCGUCUGUCCGUCACAAAGUUUCUCAGCGCAACUCCUCUUAAACUACUGAACCGAAUUUUAUGAUGAAACUUGGUAUGUAGCAAGGACACCAUAUGUAGUGCAUGUUAACAUAAAUAUUUGAUCUGCUAAUUUUUGUGGAAGUUAUGCCCCUUUGAACUUAGAAAUUUGUCAAAAAUAGUCUUAAACUAGUUUGUCAGCGCAACUCCUCUUAAACUACUGAACCGAAUAGGAAACUUGGUAUGUAGCAAGGAAAUCAUAUAUAGUUGUGCAUACUACCGGGAAUUUUGAUCCGCUAAUUUCUGUUGGAGUUAUGCCCCUUUGAACUUAGAAAUUUGCCAAAAAUCAUCAUUAAUUAGUUUGUCAGCACAACUCCUCUUAAACUACUGAACCGAAGUUGACGAAACUUGGUAUGUAGCAAGGACAUCAUAUGCAGUUGUGCAUACUACCGGGAAUUUUUUAUCACCCUUUUUUUGUAGGAGUUAUGCCCCUUUGACUGCAUCAGCAUAGCUAUUAUUUCUGCUCAGAUUAGUUUGCAGAACGGGGGGAGACAUAUGUUUUUAGACAAAGACAAACUUAAAUUCAGGUUAAUUUUACAUAAAUAUAUCUAUAUUUCCUUGAAAAUGCAAAAAUCAAGACCCAACUUUAUAUAUUAUUAUUAUUUGCAAAACUUUCAAAAAUGUAUACCCUUUCUUAUAUAAUUUUCCCAAAAAUGUAAACCAAAUUUUUUGGCACAUUCCCAUAUAGCAUUUUAUAGGACGUUUCAGGCAAGGUGAUGGCAAUAUGAUGCUGAAAAAAUUGUGAGGGAAUAUACAUUUUUUUUCUGAUAAGAUUCUGAAAUGUACACAACUCUUUUAUUUUAAUACCCCUCCACACGUAUUGGCGAGGUAUUAUGUGAUACCCUCCAAAUUUGUGUGUGUCCGUCCGUCUGGCUUGUCUGUCAGUCCCUGAUGAUUCCAGAUGAUAACUUGAGAACCAAUCAACUAAUGUUUUACAUACUUUACACAGUGUUUUAAUCCUAUAAACCACAGGUCAAGUUCAAUUUCAGCUAAAUCCAACAAAAGGUUUAUGAGUUAUGAUAUUUUCAAGUUUUUGCCAUCUGAUCCCCCCUUUUUUUGAGUUUCCAGAUGACAACUGGAAAUCAGAUAAACCUUUUAUUUAAAACUUUACACAGUGCUUCAGUACUACAAACAAAGGUCUAGCUCAAUUUUAAUCUAAAUCCAACAAAAAUUUUAUGAAUUAUGCUAUUUUCAAGUUUUUGCACCCCCCUUUUUUUUACGGUUUCUAGAUGAAAACUGGAAAAUUAUUUAACCUUUACAUAAUGUGGCGGAGUAUCUUUAUUUUUGUUGAUUGUUUAGUAAAAUAUUUUGCCAAGAGACAAUGUCAAGCAAUUUGAAAUGAACUACCAUUUCCAUGGAAAUAUGCAUAUUUUGCAAUUUUUUGUCAUUUUUUAGGAUUUAAGUACAUAAAGGUCUGGGAAUUUCCCACA